AUGUCGACAGCAUCACAAGUAUUUUCAAGACGGUCAACAUCGUAUACCGCCGCGCCCUCCGCACGUCCUCACCAUCUGUUCAUCAACUACGAUUUCAGACCACCCCAUCUAGAUUCUGGAGCGAGGAGUAGUACAGUGGCGGAAGUAAGUGAGGAUACUUAUUGCCACUACGGUGAAUCCUCAAGUAAUAAUCAUGACCGUCGGAAGUUUGACGACAUUCGAAGCAUAUCUGGCAUCGCUCUUGAAUGCUUGGUGCACCAUCUUUUCAACCCGAAAGAAAACCUACUCCUUGGCAGCUGUCACGUUACGCAGCGAGAAAAAGGGUCGUUUCAUCAUGCAGUAUUCUUCAAGAUCGAGCGCGAAGACCAAAUCGCGCAAGAGUAUGUACUCAAGAUUCCCGCACAUGGUACGCAAGAAAAAUGGCAUAUCAACGAUAAUAUGGCGUUGAAGAGUGAAGCUCAACUGAUGCAACACAUUUUCCAUCAUACGGGAUGCCCUGUACCCGAGGUUAUUGCAUACGAUGGAGAUGUCAAAAAUGCGGAAGGCGCACCAUACAUCCUCAUGAAGAAGCUGGACGGUGUCUCAGCAAUGGACAUGUGGGUCGGUAAAUCCUACAAGACGAUGAAGGACACAGGACUACACCUCAACGCCGACGAUCCUUUGCCCGAAUUAGAGCAGAAACGCAUUACAUUUCUGCGCUCGCUGUGCGCGAACUCACGCCACUGGAGUUCAAGUAUACCGGGUUUCCGUCUUCCAUGA